AUGGAUACACAUUUAUUGGAAAACAAAAUCUAUUUAUUAUCUCUUGAUGUAGAUAAAACUUUUCUAGAAGAGAGCGAUAAUUUCUCAAAGACUUUAAAUCUAUUACCAGAAAAUGAUCGAAAUAAAAUACAAAAAUAUAGGAAUUUGGAUGAUCAGUAUCGAAAGCUAUGUAGUAAAUUACUUCAAUUUUAUGGAAUAAGUAAAAUUACUGGGAUGCGGUUAAAUAAAAUUAUCUUCAAAGCUAAUCAGCUAGGGAAACCGUACUUGGAUAAUGGUAGAAGGGUUGAAUUUAACAUGUCAACUGGGAUUUCUAACGUAGUUAUGGCAUUAUAUGCAGCUCCUGAUUUCCAUAAAAUACGUCCAAUCGGUGUUGAUAUCAUUGAUCUAGAUGAGAUAAAUAGUUUAGAAGAUAUAGAGCUUCUACAUGACUCUUUUCAUGAGAAAGAAAUUAUUCUUUUAGAAUCUCUUACGAAUAUAGAAGAAGCAAGACAAUAUGCUUGCCUCUUUUGGACUUUAAAGGAGAGUUAUUCUAAAAUGCUUGGAAGUGGCCUUUCAACAACUUUGGCAGAUCUAGAUUAUAGUAGUGUUCCGUUACCAAAAAAUAACAAAGUAUAUGCCACAAGUAUGCAUAUAAAGGGGCGUGACUGUAUCGUAUAUAUUAAACAAUCUACUGAAAGCAAUUGCCUUAUUUCUGUAUGUAUAUGGUCAGAUAAUAUCAACCCUGAAGUUUCAGAGCUAGCUAUCAAAAUCUCUGAGGUAAGCGAUUACCUGAGAACUCAUUAA